AUGGUGAGACUUGCAAUGUAUGAAAAGAAUGCGAAAGCCAAAGCCAUCUGCGAAUCCGAUGAAACCGACAAGUUGGAAGACCUAAUCGCCGAUUUUAUGUCCGAUUCCAACGACACGCGCUCCGACGCCAUGUCGAUUUUCGAAAUCUGCGCAAAUAAACCCGACCCACAUCUCUUCGCUAACAAGCUUUGUCGCGUGCUCUCCUCCCACCUAGAUCUCAACUCAUGUAAAAUUUCCGCCAAGCUCCUUAGCAUGACUCUCAUCAAAAAAAAUUACGUGCCCUUCCUCUGUUUUCCUCCUGAAACUCAAUCGACUCUAAAACGCGAUCUCUUGAAAUUAAUUGACACAUCCGUUGACAAACCUACAAGACCAAUCAAUAAAGAACUCUGCCACACUGUAUCAGCGCUUGCAGCUUCUCUUUUACCUAAAGAAGAAUGGCCCGAAUUCUUACCCUUUUUAUUCCAACUUGUAAAAUCUGAUAAAGAGAGAGCGUUUUUGAUUGGUGCUCAUUUAGCACACUAUCUAGGGAAGGGACUGAAGGAGUUGUAUUCAGUUAACUUGAAUAAGGAGUUGCAUUCAGGUUUAUUGCAGUGUUUGAAAACAACAACAGAGGGGGAGGAUGUGCGUAUCACGGUGUUGGAGGCCGCAAUUAAUUUCAUUCUACGUAUAGAACAAAAAGAUUUGGUCAAUUUUCAGGAUAUGUUGACAGCGAUGAUGUCUACGUUGAAGGCGUUGUAUAGUGGGAAUGAAACGAUAAAUUUGGCAGGAAUGAAGCGGACGUUUUUUAGGAAACAAAUUGUGGAGAUGGUGAAGACAAUAUUGCAGAUGGUCGAUGAUCAUAGUUUGAAGAAAGAGACGAGGCGUUUGGCCAUUGAAUUCGUUUUGACAUUGGUCCAGUUCGUUUUAACAUUGGUGGAGGUUGAGAGAACGACUCCCAGGCAGCUGAAACUUGGGACGGAGUUUGAAAUUAAUAUGGAGGAGAUGUGGGACGAUAAUGAGGAGACGGAUAAAUAUGGGUCUUGGCAGGGGUGUGUGGAUAGGCUAUCGAAUUUGUCGUAUAGGAAUGCUAUUUUGACUGUUGCUUUGAAAGUGUUUCCGGCGUAUUUGGCUGCUCCUAAAGGGCAAAAACGCACUCAUGCCGCACUCAUUGCGCUCUCAAAGAGUAUAAUUACAUGGAAUUGUCGGGAGUGUUUGUUAAAAGAGAGAGAAUGGGAUGUGGGUGUUGCAGCUUUGGGGGCCGCAAUUAAUUUCUCUCAGUGUUCGGACUUGUUGACUUCGAUGCUGUCCAUGUUGGCGAAAGUGUUGGACGAUAGGGACGAAGCGAUGGCCGGCGAGGUGUUGGAGUUGUUGAUAGAGUUGGCGGAACCGAGGUUUUUGGUGGGGCAAAUUGAGGAGUGGGCGAAGAGAAUGUGGCAGAUUGCGAAUAUUGAUGAUGUGAGCGUAGGGACGAGGCGUUUGGCCAUUGAGUUCCUUUGGAAAUUGGUGGAGGUCGAGGAGAUAGCGCCUUGGCUGCAGCAGAAUGUGAGGGAGUUGUUUGAAAUUUUGAUGAAAAUGUUGGACUAUAUUUAUGAUGAUGAUCAUAAUGCGGAUUAUGUGUCUGCAUGGGGGAGAAGUAAUCAUUGGCGUUGGAGGAGAUGUUUGGAUAUGCUGUUUAUUGCGGUGCAUAGGAAUGAUAUGUUUUCUAUUGUUUUGGAAGUGUUGCCGGCGUAUUUGGAUACUCCUAAGUGGCAAAAGAAGUAUAGCGCAUUCAUUGUGCUCGCAGCGAGUAUAGAGAGUUGCCGUGAGGCACAGGUGAAGAUAGAAAAUUUGACACAAGCAGUGCCAAUGGUUUUGAGUCCAUUUCCAAAUGCCCACCGUCGCGUGGGGUGUGCAGCUAUUGAAGCAAUUCAGCAAUUACUUGAACAUUUAUUACACUCUCGCUUGCAUGAGGAGGAUCCACCAGUUUCAUAGCUCUGUUCCGAAGCUAUGGAGCGCAUUAUCA